AUCCUCGUUCAUAGCAGCCCCUCUUCGUCUGGUCUGGUGGGAACUCUGGGUCGCCGUAGUAGGGAUGAAGCGGCUGGUCGCUGGUCGGCACCCAGCGUACAGCAACACAGCAUUAAACCCAUCACGUGGCACUGGGCUGGCGCCGAGUUGGUGGGAGAUUCAAAAAUGUUAGCUGGCAAACUUAUGCGAGCUGUUCUUACACGCAGCAACGCACCGACUUACGGCAUUCUGACCUGGUAAGCCGCCAGUGUCUGAUCGUUCUUAAAUAAUUAAUUUACGGAGAGCACGAAGCCUCUGCCGCGAGUUAUCAACAUUCAUUAUUGUUACUAUUAUUUAUCUCAUUCAACAAUCGACACUUUAUUAUUUAUAUUUAAUAUAUAUAUAUAUAUAUAAGUAACAAUAAAAAAGACAAUCACCAAUUACCUUCCAAAGGAUUUAAAUUACGCUUAUUUAUUUUUCUGUAGUGAUUUAAAAUAAAUAUUAUUGUUUAAAAAAGACAACGUCCUGUGCACAAUUGAAUAGCUUUAUUUUAAAAAUAUAUAUUUAUAUAAUAUAAUAAUAAUAAUAAUAAUAACUACUGAUAAAAGUCUGCAGGUGCAGGUGUAAAUUGUCAAAAUAUAAAAUUAAAAAUAUUUAGUUUGUGUCGAUAAAGUGUGUGUGUGUUAAUGUGUAGGAAAGACUGUAGUAAGCCCAAGUUUAAAAGUUAAAUCAUCAACAAAACUGUCAGAGUAUAGUGUUUAGUUGGAUUUGUAUGUAACUUGGGCUGGUAAAACCGUUAAAGUCUAUAGUCUAUAGUCUGUAGCUAGUAGUAGUUGUGGUUGUAGUAACAGUGAGUGUUAUUCUAUUCCAAGAAUUAAACUGACGACUAAAAUUAUAGCCGGGGAAUAAAAACUGCCGACAGAGACUGGAUCUCUGGGAAGGUUUAGUUUAAAAAAUAGAGUAAAAAUAAAAGGAAAAAACUGAUUGAAGGAUAAUUCGAUCGAGUUUAACAUGGAUCUAUUGUGCUGUGAGACCACUGAGGAAACAGAAUGUCAUGCUUAUCCGGACCCAGCUCUUCUUGGAGACGACAGAGUUCUACAGAAUUUACUUAAAACUGAGGAACGUUACGCACCCAGCAGUUCUUACUUUGAAUGCGUGCAGAGAGACAUCACGCCGCUCAUGCGCAAGAUUGUCGCCGAGUGGAUGUUGGAGGUUUGCGAAGAGAGAAAGUGCCAAGAAGAAGUGUUCCCAUUGUCAAUGAAUUACCUCGACAGAUUUUUGUCUAUUUGUCCAAUAAGAAAAACGCAACUACAAUUAUUGGGAACGGCGUGUCUUUUAUUGUCAUCGAAACUCCGUGAGACUAGGCCACUCACAGCCGAUCUUCUCGUGUAUUACACCGACAACUCAAUCACACUCGAUGACCUCUGGAGGUGGGAGCAGCUGGUGGUUUCAAAGUUAAAAUGGGAAUUGUCAGCGGUAACGCCUGGUGACUUUCUCCUGCACAUCCUCAGCCGUCUCCCGGUUGAUUCACGGGCAUGGGACUUUUUGAUGAUAAAAAGACAUGCGCAGACCUUCAUUGCACUCAGCGCGAGAGAGUACAAAUUUUCAAUGUACACGCCGAGUAUGAUUGCAGCUGCUAGCAUCGCAGCGGCACUUCACGGACUCGAUUGGACUGGAAAAAGUGGUUAUGGACUUGCCGGACUGCUCGAUGAACUCACCCGUAUCACAGCCAUUGAACAGGAUUACUUGCAAGGAUGUCUCGAACAAGUUGAGGAAAUGGUGUCGCAGGCGCGAAUCGCCGGAACCAGUGAUCAGUACCAGUCCUCGAAUCAAACCGGGGGGAUAAGCCCACCUCUGAGACCGUUGGGGGAUCAGAACACGAGCCAGGACAAGAUAAUGGAGCAUGAAAAAGCGGGCACACCUACUGACGUCAGGGAUGUCCACUUUUGAUCCUGGCUCGUUAAAAAAAAUAAUUAUUUGGUGAUGUUAAUUAACAAAUUGAUGGCUGAUUGACAUUCUUCCAUCGAUUUAUAUUUUUUAAAUCGAGCAAAUCAAAGUCAUCAAGACAAAGACAAUCCCAGUUGUUGCUCGUACGUCGAUUGUGUCUCAAGUCUGAUAAUCACUUUGACGUAAUGUUUUAUCGUCAGACGUUUAUUAUUUGAGACAUAAACGUAUUGGGGGAAGGCAAUGCAAUACGCUUUACGCAUUUAGAUUUUUUAAGUACACUUAAUUAAUUGCAAGGCGGUACUACUAUUAUUAUUAUUAUUAUUAUUAUUCAAUUAUUGAGUAAGAAAAAAAAUAAUAAAAAUAACAAAAAAAAAAAAA